AUGGGGCGGGGGGAAGCGGGAGAGGGUGGUUACCGGCCGCAGGCCGCCCCGCCCGGCGCAGACCCAGGCCGGAAGAGACCAAGGGGCAAGGGCAGCGCUUCCGCCUGCGGCGCGGAGGGGAGGGGCCGAGGGCCGGAGCCGGGAGGUGCGGCGGCUCCCCCAGGACACCGAGUGGAGACAGGGAAGGGGGAGGCAGAGCAUGGCUUACUGCAGCGGCCUCAGGAAGACGAGCAAGGGUGGUGCAGCUGCGCGGUGCAGGCAGGCUCCAGUCGGCCGUCUCCCGCAAGCCUCCGCGCACCUGAAGGCACGGGCUCAAGUACCCGCUGCGGGAGCCGGACAAAGGCUGACCGCGUGCCGUCCCCGCCGCGGUGGCCAGGACGGAAGGAAACCCGAGUGGGGAGGAGACAAGGGCGGCUCAGCUGA